UGUGAUGCAACUAUGAUGGUCAAAGACAAAAAUCGCCCAAAGCACCCAAUGUCGGCCUAUGCUUGUUUCGUUCAAGUGAUUCGCGAAGAACAUCGGAAAAAGCACCCUAAUGAGAAUGUAAUAUUCAGUGAAUUCUCCAAGAAAUGUGCCGAGAAAUGGAAGCAAAUGUCCAACGAACAACGAAGAUGCUUCGAAGAAAUGGCCAAGUUGGAUCUGGAUCGGUUCAAUCGAGAGAUGGCGCACUAUGUUCCGCCGGCGGGGAUGCGUAGGGGGCGACGUCGAAGACGUACCAAAGACCCAGCCAUGCCAAAACGUUCCUGGUCCGCGUUCUUUUUCUUUUGUGAUGCUUUCCGAUCGAAAAUUCGCAACGAACAUCCAGACUGGAAAGUGAGUGACAUUGCCAAGGAGCUGGGUCGCAGAUGGGAAGAGUGUACAGACAAAGAAAAGUACGAACGUCAUGCACAAAAUGACAAGCUGCGAUACGAACAGGACAUGCAAAAGUACAAGGCAGGUAUUUACGUCGCAACCAAGCGUGCUCGAGUUGAGGAGGACGAGGAUAUAGAACCCAGCUGUGUAACGGUGGCUCCUGGUGACUCACAUCGUCAAGCCACGGACACAAGUGACGGACCGGCCCACGUGGUCGCUGAAGAGGAGGAACCCGAGGAGGACGAAGAAGAGGAAGAUGAAGAGGAGGAAGAGGAAGAUGGUGAGGACGAAGAAGAGGAAGAGGACGGCGGUGAAGAAGACGAAGAGCACGUCUCCACCGCGGGGGACGCGCAACGCCUGUCGAAUGCUAAACCCGCCAUCCUUCCCCGAGCGGCCCCUGAUGAGCUUGAGCAUGAAAAUUAGCCCGGCAACAACUCACCUCCCGGUGUUUUUUGUACAGUCAUGUACACCCUCCUCUCCAUGAAACUAGGGAGACCAUCUUCUUCCUGGCUUACAACACACACAUACACACACACACACACGAACCAUGUUCGCAUGCAUUUACCUCCAUUUGAUUACAUCCGUUUUUCUUCUGAUCGGAGUCUAAUGCGUUUUUUUUUCCGAUUGGAUCGAUACCCCCC